AUGGCUCUUAAAUUGAGUUUGGUUAUUUUUAUGGCUUUAAUAGCUGCGGGCAUGGCUUUAACCACAACCAAAACGACAACUACAACCAAGCCUAUGGUUACAAUUACUGAAGAAUCAAAGGAAACCUUAGAUAGACGUGACAAGCGUCAAUUGAACAACGCCCCAACGAGCUUGGCUGGAUCUAAUGGCAACUUUCCGAUCUUCUUCGAUGGUGUAAAUCAGCCCCUGCAGCCCCUGCCAGCACUUCCUCCUCUGCAGCAGCUGCAGCCUUUGCAACCCAUCACUGUGGUGACCCCGGUGGCCUCCAGCUCGAAUUCCCAGAGCCAACAGCCCCAGAAUGGUUGGUUUUCUGGAUUUGGUCAGAAUAUCCCUGUCAUUGGCACUCUGGUUGGAGGAUUGCCCAAUCUGAUCAGUGGUUUGGGACUGGGCUCCAUGAACGGGGGCUUUGGCACCCUGGGCGGCCUGAAUCUUGGCAAUCUGGGUCUGGGUGCUGUGACUCCUGUGGUGGCAGCACCAGUCCAACCUGCUCCCAGUUCCCAGGGCAGCUGUCCGCUAACCCAGAAGCUAAGUUGCCGCUGUGAGCCAUUGAUCCAGUUGCCGGGAUUGAAACCCAUUGGCAGUGGGGGCAGCUUAAGCGGUGGUCCAUUGAGAUCUCAGCUGGUGCAGAUUCAGAGGCAGAAUGCCCGAAUGAACGAGGAUGGAUCACAGGAGGUGCGAGUGGUAUUGAGCAGCGGACAUGUGAUCUACCGACGAAUGGCCAAGGAUAUGGGACAGAGUGGUUACAUUGCCAUGAGGAUUCAGUCGGGAAAAUAUCUGACCAUUUACUAUAGUGUAAACAAGGAAGAGUACUCGGUGAGGGCGGAUGUCACGGACGCGCCUCCUACUUCAGAAUUUGAUGAAGAGCUCAGUGGAAAGCUUUAA